AUGGAUAACGAUUUGAGCACAGUGGAUGCGAUCAUGUUGGGAGAAGUUGUUUUUCCAUUCGACGGCAGCACUAACAACAGCAGCAACAAUUUCACAAUGCUGAUGUUUCCCAGACGAGAUCCAUUGUACAUAGUCAUACCAAUGACAAUUAUCUAUUCGUUUAUUUUCAUAACCGGAGUCGUUGGAAACGUCAUCACGUUCAUCGUCAUAGUCAAAAAUAAAUACAUGCACACGGCGACAAAUUAUUAUUUAUUCAGUUUGGCCAUAUCCGAUUUAUUAUUAUUAGUUUCCGGUUUGCCGCAAGAAAUGGUUUCCAUAUGGUGUCGAUAUCCGUACAUGUUCGGUGAGAUUUUCUGCGUUUUGAGAGGUCUUUCCGCGGAAACAUCGACGAACGCUUCCGUUCUCACGAUAACGGCUUUCACGGUCGAACGUUACGUCGCCAUAUGUCAUCCAUUUUUAUCGCACACCAUGUCGAAACUAUCCCGCGCCGUGAAAUUAAUUAUCGUGAUAUGGUUGGUAGCGUUGUCUUUUGCCAUACCUCAAGCCAUACAAUUCGGCGUCGUCAUCAUCGACAACGAUCCCGAUCAAGCCAUGUGCACGUUGAAAAGAACAAUUAUCGAUCACUCGUUCGUUCUCUCUAGCUUUUUGUUUUUCGUCACUCCCAUGACUCUGAUAACCGUUCUAUACGUAUUGAUCGGCAUUAAAUUAAGAAAAUCGAGCAUGAUGAAAAGAAACGGAAGUUCAUUUUACAACAACGUCGAUAAUAAAAACAAUCAAAGGGGAAAAUAUUAUCCGCCACACCAUCAAUCGUCGAAAAGAGUUCUUAAAAUGUUGGUUGCUGUGGUUGUUGCAUUUUUCAUAUGUUGGGCACCGUUUCACGCACAAAGACUGGUUUACACAUACGGGUCGAAUAAAGAUAAUAAACCGAAAGGAGCCAUAAUGAAACUUAUUUACGAAAUAAUAACAUACGUAUCAGGAAUACUCUAUUAUUUAUCUACGACCAUAAAUCCGAUUUUAUAUCAUAUAAUGUCGUUAAAAUUCAGGGAAGCUUUUAAGGACACCCUUGCUCGUUGUACCUGUACAUCGACGAAUUCGAAUAAAAGAGGAAAAUCGUAUUUGAUACUCAACGGGUAUUCGGUGGGUACUUUUUCAAGGAGAAGAGCACAUUCGUACGAUGCCGAUAAUUCUAGUAAUUUCGUUAGAGAUGAUUCAAUACGAUCCAACGGAUUGAGUUAUGAUGUAACUUUAUCGAAGUAA